AUGGCAUCAUUUGUAAAUGGAAAGAAUACAAAUAAUCAAAGACUAAAAUUAUUAUCUAGACAUAAACCAAUCAGUAUUAAAAUAUGUGGUUUAGCUUUGAUACGUCUACUUGAUGUGGUAUGCAAUAGAACUAGACAAUUAUUAAUGAGAAAUGGAAUAUCAUCUUCAUCAUCAACUUGGAAGCCACGAUUUAAUAUUAAAGAUAAUUUAUAUUUAAGUACAAUUUCAAUUACUGAUUAUACACAAUUUAAUGAUACAUUAAUUGAUGAUUGUUGUCUUCAAGCUUGUACACUUAAGGUAUUACUAAAAUAUUGUUAACAAUUAAUAAAAGCAUGAUCAUAAUCGAACAAUAGUAAUCAAUUGUGAAUUUUUUUUUGUGUAUGUAGGGUAAUUUGAUAAGUUUAUCAAUCAUCUUUGUGGCUGUGUUUUUUUUUCCUUUUUUUAUAUCAAACUCAAUAAACGAUCCAACAUUUGUUGUUAGUCUUUACAAUAGGCCAUAUAUAGAAAAUUUAUAUUUUAAGAAUAAUGCCAUCAGAAGUGACAUAAUUGUGAAAAACAUCACACCAUAAUGUGGAUAAGAAAAAAGACAUAAAAUCAUACGUUUAGUACAUAUGAUAAUAACUCAAGACAUUGAUUGGUUAAUUUCAAUUAUUUUCAGAAAAUCAUACAUAUUAUACAAAUGACUAAUGACGAUCUCGAAAUUAUCUGAGAAAUGAAUUUAUGUUCAUCGCAUACAGUUAAUCAUAAGUAACAUUUAAAGUCAGAAAAUUAUAGAACUUGUUUGAUAAUGAAAUAUAUAAGCUGCAAUUAAAAUGUCAGGUCUUUAGAGAAAUCAAUUCUUUUCAAAAAAAGUGUGAUGCAGAAUUUCAUCAAGAUGAAGUGUUAAAUUUUUAUUAUAACAACAGAAGUUAUCAGUGUACGAAAUAUUUAUAACGUAUGCACUCAAUCAAAAUUGUGCAUGUCAGGAAGAGCGCAAUGCAUAAUAGGUGAAAAAGCAGUCUACUAGUACUUAUUUUUUUUUCUGUUAACUAGAUUGAAUCAUACAUCAACCAACUGAAAGAGUAUGUUAUAUGAUUGACAUUUAGUUUCAUGAAAUUUUGAUCAAAUUUUGAAAGCUA